UUUAGCAUUUUCCCUACUACUAACCUCACUGACAAACACUGCCCUAAAAUCUUCUCUCUUGGCCACAACGACGAGAAAAAUAGUGUAAUUCAAGGUGAAGAAGGAAGGGUUGAAUUGGAGAUGGCGAGCGCUGUAGAUGCUUCUGGAAACCCGAUCCCAACAUCGGCGGUGUUGAUGGCAUCGUCGAAGCACAUUGGGACAAGGUGCCACGCGGAGAACAUUGAGUUCCUGAAAUGCAAGAAGAAGGAUCCAAACCCUGAAAAGUGUCUCGAUAAAGGCCGUGAAGUUACUCGCUGUGUCCUUGGCCUUCUCAGGGAUCUACACCAAAAGUGCACAAAGGAGAUGGAUGAUUAUGUUGGUUGCAUGUACUACCAUACAAAUGAAUUUGACUUGUGUCGCAAAGAGCAGCAAGAAUUUGAGAAAAAAUGUCCUUUGGAAUGAAACUAUGAGCACUGCUCUUGUCGAAAAUAAUACCACAGGCGAUUUGGAAUGAAACUAUGCACUGCUCUUGUGGAAAAUAAUUCUCAAAUAUUCAUUGAUCUUGUCUGUUUGUAUGAAUCUUUGCCAUUAACUAUGUUGGUCAUCUAAAUUUUUGUAGAGAAAUGCAUCCAAGCAGGACGAAACAAAUUCUCUUCAAACAUAACAACUGAUAAGAAAUUUUGAAGUUGGAACAUGCUUGUGAUUUGAUUGCGUGUUGGAAAUGCAUAUUUCUUGUGCUUUAUAAAUAAAAACAGGAUAGCUUGCCAAACUGCACCAAUUUCUAGUGCCUUGGUGCAAUGGCUCCUGUCAGCUAAACUAGAUCACCUUUA